UGCUUAUAAAAAAAAAAUAAAAAAAAAAAUAAAAAUAAAUAACAAAAACAUCAUUUCUCGCCGAAAUUAUCAUCACUUCUAUAAAACUCACGAACUCCACAAAAAAAGAAAAAGAAAACAAUAAAAACAAGAAGACGCAUAGAACUACGAAAGAACUCAAGCUCAAGCUUAAUUUUCAGCAUAAGGUGGUGAUUACAUGGAAGAUCAUGAGGCUAUGGUUCCAUUUCAAGCUUUGCAGGCUUAUGGGAUUGCUGUUGAUGCUGCUUGCCCUGGCAAGAAAGCUGGGGAUAUUUGCCGCACUGCAAUUCAUGAUUCUGCUGGUUAUCAGACUUAUAAUGAUAGUCGUGGUCAUAAUUUUACUCUCAAUGCAACAUUCGAUGAAGUUGAUUUUGGCAAAUAUGAUGGGCUGGUGAUACCUGGAGGACGGGCUCCAGAAUAUCUUGCCAUGAACGAAUCUGUGUUGGAUUGUGUCAGGAAAUUUUCUGGCUCAGGAAAGCCAAUUGCCUCUGUUUGCCAUGGACAAUUGAUCUUGGCAGCUGCAAAUUCAGUAAAAGGUCGGAAAUGCACCGCAUAUCCUGCUGUGAAACCUGUGCUCAUUGAUACUGGCGCUCAUUGGGUUGAUCCUGAAACCAUGAAAGCUUGUGUUGCUGAUGGCAAUAUCAUCACCGGAGCUACAUAUGAGGGGCAUCCUGAGUUCAUCCAGCUAUUUGUGAGGGCAAUGGGGGGCAAGAUAACCGGUUCAGAUAAGAAAAUUUUGUUUCUUUGUCGAGAAAGUAGAUUAUUGUUGGGGGUGAUAAGUAGAGAUCAAGUUGGUUUUGGAAAUUGGGACUGACUGAUCAAGUGAAGUGAAGUGAAGUGAUCGACAACUCUCAUGGACUAAACAGUAAAAACAAAUUGAUACUAAUGAGUUUGAUUUU